AUGUCAUCCAUUUCUACGCUUCUCCUCUUCCUCCUCUUCUUCCUCGUCACUGCAGUUGAGGCCCAUAAUGGCACCAUCGUCUGCAGAUGCCGUAGACAUCACAAUCCCAACAAUGGAUCUGCCGACAAAACCUCCUCCUCGCUGUCGCCUUCGUCAUCCGGCACUAGUAACCAAGGUUCCUCGACGCCGCUGCCACCAUCAUCUUCAUCGGACACUAGCAAUCAACCGGCAUCGCCGAGUCCUCCAUCUUCAUCCACGACUAAUUCCACAGACGAUAAAAAAACCUCCUCCUCAUCGUCGACAUCCAUCGGCUUUCACGCUAGAGGAUCCAUCGGCGUGACUCUCGGGUACGACGGCCAGAAUCUCCCCUCGCCCUCCACCAUCCUCCAAAUCCUCAAAUCACACAACAUCACCAAUCUCCGCCUCCUCGUUCCCAUCCCCGAUCUCAUUGGCGCCCUCAACGGCACCGGCAUCGGCCUCAUGGUCGGCGUGCCCAACGACCUCAUCGUCCAGUUAUCCAUCGGCGGAGUCGAAGCCUGCCUCCACUGGAUCAAGUACAGCGUCCUCAACUACAUCAACGCGGAGCAGGUCACGUACAUCACCGUCGGAAACGAGGUCCUCGGCACCAACAUCGCCAUCGUGAACCACCUCAUCGACUGCAUGCGCGCCUUCCACCAGGCGCUGCAGGCCCUGAAGCUCGACUCCUCCAUCAAAAUCUCCUCGCCGUGCUCUUCGCACAUCCUCAGCGUUCUGAUGCCGCCCUCCGCCGGCACCUUCUCGCCGCUCAGCCUCGCGGUCGUGCGGCCCAUACUCAAGUUCUCUUCCGAGACGGGGUCGCCGUUCAUGGUAAACCUGUCCCCGUUCCUCAGAUUCCUCGAAAACCACCAGGGCUUGGCCUUGGACUUCUUCCUCUUCAAAGCAAACGCGGGGACCGUGACCGACGGCGGCCUGAAGUACACCAACAUAUUCGACGUGAUGAUUGACGCGCUGGAGGCGGCAAUGGAGAGAGAAGGGUACCCGGGGAUAAAGGUGCUAGUGUCGGGGACGGGGUGGCCGACGACCGGAAACCAGGUCGCCUCGCCUUCAAACGCCGCGGCGUUCCUGGAUGGGAUCGUCUCGUGGGUGCUUCAGGCCAAGGGGACGCCCAAGCAGCCGAAACAGGCGGUGGAGGUCUACCUGUCGAAUAUGUUCGCCGGGAGCGGAGGCGGAAGUAAUGACAUAGGGAAGCACAGCGGCAUCUUCAACUUCGACGGCAGCCUCGCCAUCGGUGUCGACGUCAAGUUCUAG